AUGGGUGUUUGUGGAUACUUUGUCGUGUCUUGGAAGUGCCUGGUGGUUCUGUCAUUCAGACUGCUGUUUCUUGUCCCCUCAGGUUUGCCUGUCCACAGUCAAGGGGAUUCCCAAACCGAUAAUAAAGUAAUGGACAAUAUUACCGUCAGGCAAGGCGAGACCGUCUUUCUCAGGUGCCCACAGGGGGACAUCGUCACACACACGGCCUGGCUCAACCGGUCGAGUAUACUGUACGCCGGCGAGGACAAGUGGUCGGUGGAUCCCAGGGUGAGUCUUGUUACACUCAAUCAGGAGGAGUUCACCAUAAAGAUUGAGGAUGUGGACAUGACCGACGAGGGCCCAUACAUCUGUGCGGUGCAGACGAGCAGGAGACCGAGGACGACGUCAGUGCACAUCCUCAUCCAAGUGCCCCCCACAAUCAUCAACCUGUCGAAGGUCAUCGUGGUCAACGAAGGCUCCAACGUCACGCUGAUGUGCCAAGCCAGUGGCAAACCAGAACCCUCGUUUACCUGGAAACUCCUCUCUCCCUCAGGUGACCUGGCAUCAGAGGACGAGUACCUGGACAUCCCCAGUAUCUCCAGACAGAGAGCAGGGACCUACGAGUGCACCGCCGUCAAUGACAUCGCCACAGACGUCCAGACCGUGGAGAUCACAGUCAACUAUGCCCCCAGUGUGUCAGAGGGCAGAGACGUUGGCGUGACCCUUGGCCAGAGAGGGGUGCUGGAGUGCGAGGCGGAUGCAGUACCCGAGGCAGACUUCGAGUGGUACCGAGACGACAGAAGGAUCUUCAAUGGUUUUGACGGCAUGGAGAUCGAAGAUGCCGGGCAGCUCUCCAAGUUGACCUUCUUCAAUGUCUCUGAGGCCGACUACGGCAACUACACUUGCAUCGCCAUUAACAAACUGGGCAGCUCCAACACAAGCUUUGUCCUGUAUGGACCCGGAGCAGUGCAGGACGGGAACAGCGGCUCGAUGGGGAUGCAUGUACACACCUACACCUGUCUACUUCUGGCCAUCCUUCAGUUUCUGCUCAGGUUUUGA